UUUUUUUCUAAUUUUCUUGAUACAGGAACCCUAACAAGUUCUUUGCACCACUGUUUAAUCAGACUUCUUCUUUCGCAGGAAAGCCUUCAUGGCUAGACAACAAGUGGUAGUGCUGAACGCACUUGAUGGUGCAAAGACCCAAUUGUAUCAUUUCACGGCAAUCGUGAUUGCAGGAAUGGGAUUCUUCACCGACGCAUAUGAUCUUUUCUGCAUCUCCCUCGUAACCAAGUUACUCGGCCGCAUAUACUACACAGUUGAAGGCGUAGCAAAGCCCGGAACGUUGCCUCCCAACGUAGCGGACGCUGUGACUGGGGUCGCAUUUUGCGGCACCUUAGCCGGCCAGCUCUUCUUCGGCUGGCUCGGUGACAAGAUGGGCCGCAAAAGGGUCUACGGCUUAACGCUACUUCUCAUGGUUGUUUGCGCCAUUGGCUCGGGGCUCUCCUUUGGCCACUCACCUAAGAGUGUCAUGGCCACGCUUUGUUUCUUCCGCUUUUGGCUUGGCUUUGGCAUUGGCGGUGACUAUCCUCUUUCAGCAACGAUCAUGUCCGAAUACGCCAACAAAAAGACUCGUGGGGCGUUUAUCGCCGCGGUUUUUGCCAUGCAAGGCUUCGGAAAUUUGACCGGUGGGAUUGUUGCUUUAAUAGUUUCAAGCGCAUUCGAUCAUGCAUACAAGGCGCCCGCAUAUGAGGUUAAUGCAGCAGCCUCCCUCCCAUCGCAAGCCGAUUACGUUUGGCGCAUAAUUGUAAUGGUCGGAGCCAUUCCCGCCGCCCUCACUUACUACUGGCGUAUGAAAAUGCCCGAGACCGCUCGUUACACCGCCUUGGUCGCCAAGAACGCAAGACAGGCGGCGCAAGACAUGUCUAAGGUGUUACACGUGGAUCUCGUCGCUGAAGAAGAAAAGUCAGAGAUCCCUGCUCAAGAGUCACGCAAUAAUUCUUUUGGUUUAUUCUCCAAGGAAUUCGCGAAACGCCACGGGCUUCACCUGGUCGGAACCGCCACGUGUUGGUUCCUGUUGGACAUUGCCUUCUACAGCCAAAAUCUUUUCCAAAAGGAUAUCUUUAGCGCUAUUGGGUGGCUGCCACAGGCACAGACAAUGAGUGCUAUUCAAGAGGUUUACAAGAUUGCAAGGGCGCAAACACUCAUAGCGUUAUGCGGUCUUAUUCCUGGAUAUUGGUUUACGGUGGCUUUCAUUGAUAUUUUGGGAAGAUUCACCAUCCAAUUGAUGGGUUUCUUCUUCAUGACUGUCUUCAUGUUUGCGCUUGCUAUCCCUUACCACCAUUGGACGUUAAAGGAAAACCGAAUUGGGUUCAUUGUGAUUUACUCCCUCACAUUCUUCUUCGCAAAUUUUGGACCAAAUUCGACAACAUUUAUUGUACCAGCUGAAAUCUUCCCAGCAAGACUGAGAUCUACUUGUCACGGGAUUUCAGCGGCGUGCGGGAAGGCUGGAGCCAUAGUUGGGGCGUUUGGAUUUUUGUAUGCAGCCCAAAGCACGAACCCGGCAUUGACUGAUGCAGGAUACCCACCUGGUAUUGGAAUAAAGAAUUCACUUCUUAUGCUUGGCGGCAUCAACUUCUUUGGACUGUUGUUUACCUUGUUGGUGCCUGAAUCCAAGGGGAAAUCGCUGGAGGAAUUGACGGGUGAGAAUGAGGAAGAAAGUGAGCAGGCAGUGGAGCAUCAGGCCUCCUCUACUGGGAAUAUUGUUCCUGUGUGAUUUGAGUUUAAUUAUUUGUUUGUUUACAACAAAGGUUCAUACGUACAGCUAGCUAUAUUGUGAAUAUCCAACAGUGCUUAAUUUU